CAUUGUGCUUUCUAUGAUGGCAGAAACGAAGAUAAAAAAGAUUAUAGUUUGAUAUUUUUUAAUCAUGUAAGAUCCACAUGUGGAUGAAAAUCUUUCAAUAAACUGAAAGUGUGUGUGUAAUGUAGUGUGUGUCUGUCACAUAACACACCUUCUGUUUUCUCAUCAGGAUGAAUCUUCUUCUUCUUCUUCUUCUUCUUCUGCUGUGCUUUAUCAGUUAUAGCGGAUCCUCCACUAAACCUGUGUCAGGAAUAAAGGGAGGAAUCGUCACUCUAUCCUGUGGAUCUGAGGACAGAGAGAUUGUGGAGAUCAGUUUAUUCAGUGUGUGGAAACACAUCCCUGUGUGUGAGGAGAGAAACUGCAGCGGUCGAGUGUGUAAAGAAGGAUCAUGUGACGUCAUCAUCAACGAUCUGAUCUACAGUGACGCUGGGAAAUACUUUUUACGUGUUUAUUACAAUAAUGAUCAGAGAGAAGUGAAGCGACAGAUCAGGGAAUAUCAUCUUCAUAUUCACGAUGAGAUCUCAGUGAAGAAAGGAGAGGAUCUGAAGUUGGAUGUUGUGUUGAUCAACGCUGAUAAAGUGGAGAGAAACUCUCGCUCCGGCUGGACAGAGGUGUGGAGGAGAGGUCACGGGGUCAGAGGUCACGGGGUCAGCAGUGAUCGACUGACCGUCAGUGACCAGACUCUGAUCAUUCAUGACUUUACAGUCACUGACACUGGAACAUACAGAGCUCUGGACUCUAAUAAUGAAGCCUUGAUCACAGUCACAGUCACAGAAUCUGUUCUAGACUCGAAGGGAAAUCUGAGCGACACUGAACAUCGACCUGUAGAUCAUUGGAUGUUGCCGGUUGGACUGACUGUGUUUCUGCUGGUUCUGGUGGUUCUGUCUGCUGUUGUGAGAUACAGACGUCCAAAAAAAAAAAAAAAAACCCUCAGAGUUCAGGAUCAGAUUGAGGAUCUGUGGAUCAUGAUGAUCUAG